AUGUACCUGAGGGAUCAGAACUCUGUCUCCAGGUUUGACAGAUACCUCGAUUCUCUUUCCCUCUUUGUCGGUCCCUCCAGGACCGACAGCAAGGACCUUGGCCUCAGAGAGUUUUUCAACAGUGGAUUCCGGGAGGUAGAUUCCAGAUGCAGUUUUUGCCUCGGCCUUGACACGCUGGACCAAUAUGCGGUCGAGGAGAGGUGCAAGUGACUUGAUAGAGCGAAGAGAAGUAGCCUAGCAAACGAACAAACCAUCAGUGAGAAUUCAUAUAUUCCAAUCAAACCUCGUAACUAACCAUUGCGAAUAUCAAGAAUAACCCGGAAUUCCAGCAGUUGAAGGUAAUUAGUCGAAGGGAUCGAAAGUUAUUGCACAGAUUAUGCUGUUGGACAGACUGGCGGUAGAGGAGAAGGAAGAAGAGAGGAGGAAGAAAUUCGCAAACCCGUCAAAGGGCACCCUCAAAUUUGUACCAUACGAAAAGUCUUGGCAGAAUUCUCCAGAAACCGAGAUGGCACACACCGCAAACCCGCUACCGGUAGACUAGACUACCGUGACAACCCACCGUCAUCGCACUGCAUCACAAAACACUCUCUACAUCGACUCCCUCCAUUUCCGCCUCUUCACUGCCCCCCGCAUUUUCAUCGAUUGGGACAUGAAUUCUUUCAGAGCCGCUGGCAGGAUCGCCCUCAGAGCGAAGCCCACCAGGACGCUUUUUGCUCCACGCAGAAACUACGCCGAGGUUGCGGGGCCGGCUGACAAGAUUCGGCUGUCAUUAACGCUUCCUCAUCAGGUGGGGUGGUUUCUUUGUUUUUUUUUUUUGAGAGCACUCGGAGACUUUCAAAAAUUGAUUUUGUUUGCUGAGUCCUGUUUCGUUUUUACUUUCUAGUCUAUCUACAAAGCUUCAGAUGUGUGAGUUUUCCCCAUCACGAUCUUCUCAUCCCCUGCUAGCUUAGGGAGGGAGAUACGUAUAAAGCGCUGGAGAGUUGUAUAUCAUCACAAACCUCAAAAUAACUAACCAACAGCCCUACGUUACAGCAUUCAGGUCAACAUCCCCGCCGAAUCCGGCGACAUGGGUAUACUCGCCAACCACGUCCCGUCGAUUGAGCAGCUCCGACCCGGCGUAAUUGAUAUCAUCGAGGAGGGCGCCGGCAGCAAGCAAUUCUUCCGUUAGUGAACUCCCUUAACGAUAAAACCACCAGCCCACCCCACCUCAUUGACAAAAGCAUUAUGUGGGAUUUAGUAUCCGGCGGCUUUGCAGUCGUCCAGCCAGACUCUCAAUUGAGUAUAAACGCCGUCGAAGCCUUCCCUCUGGAGGACUUUAGUCCCGAGGCGGUACGUGCUCAGCUCGCCGAGGUGCAGAGGAUUGCCAGCGGAAGUGGUAGUGAACAAGAUAUUGCGGAGGCCAAGAUUGAGCUCGAGGUUUGCUUUAACCCCCUCUCCCCAAACCCCGGAUUCUGUGACGUUGGGAGAGCGAGCCAGUGAGCGAGGAGAAAUCCGAUUCACCGGGUAAUUGACGCUUUAAACCUUACAGGUUCUCGAAACUCUUCAGGCGGCUUUGAAAUAA